AUGUCUGAUGUGAUCAAUGAGUUUGAGGUGAACGCAGGUAUCCAUUUGAGAAAAAAAAAAUCAUUCUCCAUGGGCAAGGUCUGGAACAAGUUCAGAAGAAUGAGUUCGUUCAAAGGUCCAUCGAGCGAGGAAGAGUUGAUAAUCAGCCUGCCGUCAUCACCGCGCCAAGUCGACCCAACCCCAUUCACCGGAGACAUCAACAUCAAGUCGCUGCUGAGUAGUUCUGCAUGUCCAAUGUCACCACCAAGGGAUUCCCCAUUGGUGACCUCUCCCGAGCUCUACAGCACAUCCAAGACUCAAUCAAGACGUGAGAGGAGCAAUACCAUCAGCCACUCACACUCCUCAUCCUCUGUUUCCGGAUCUGGUAGUGUUGAGACUCGUGGGGCAAGGUCACCAACACUCAGCCAAACAACGUCAUUGGUGCCGCCACCGGCCAAGCUCAAAGAGACAUAUGAUGGUCAACAUCUAUACGACAACCAAGUAUCAAACUCCAAGAAGAAUCGUGAGAGGACACUCGAGAGCUUUGUCGUGCCGGCUUCCAACUCCAAUCACAAGGCUUAG